AUGGCGAGGCGGACGGGGGAGAAACCUCCGGGUUUGACGCCGAAUACGCGCGCUGCUUUCCGGGAUAAACACCUUCGGUUUCACGGGGGCUUGUUGGCUUUUUCGUGGAGCUUCGUUGUAAUGUGCUCGGCUCUUUCUUGUGGAUAUUGCGGAGCCGAAACGGAGUUUUCCAUCCUGGAAGAAGCGCAAGUUUUGGCCGACCAGAUGAAAAAGCUGUCCUCCCAGGAGCUGGGAGUCUUUACUAUGCAGAGGAUUUUCAACUCGUUUGUGUAUACUGAGAAGACAUCAAACGGAGAGACAGAAGUGCAGCAGUUGGCCAAAAAGAUCAGAGAAAAGUUUAACCGCUACCUGGAUGUGGUGAACCGGAACAAACAGGUGGUGGAGGCCUCGUACACCGCUCACCUCACCUCUCCGCUCACUGCAAUACAGGACUGCUGCUCCAUACCUGCAUCUAUGAUGGAGUUUGAUGGAAACUUCAAUACCAACGUAUCCAAGACCAUCUGCUGUGACAGACUUUCCCCCAACGUCAACAGCCGAGCUUUUAACCCUGGACGGGACCUCAACUCAGUUUUGGCAGACAACCUGAAGUCCAACCCGGGGAUAAAGUGGCAGUACUUCAGCUCAGAGGAGGGCAUCUUUACAGUCUUCCCUGCCCACAAGUUCCAGUGCAAGGGAAGUUACGAGCACCGCAGCAGGCCUGUGUAUGUGUCUGCGGUGCGUCCCCAGUCUAAACACAUCGUGGUGAUGGUGGACCACGGAGCGUCUGUAACGGACACCCAGCUUCAGAUCGCCAGAGACUCAGCACUGGUCAUCCUCAACGCUGUAGAUGAACAUGACAAGAUCUCCAUUUUGUCAGUGGCAGAGAUGGUUCGCUCCUGUUCUCUGGACCAGUGCUAUAAGAGUCUGCUCUCUCCGGCCACCAGCGAGACCAAAAGGAAGAUGAGCACCUUCAUCUCCAACAUCAAGGCGUCUGAUGGAGCCACACUGCACGCAGCCGGCUUCCAGAAGGCCUUCCAGCUGCUCCGAAACACCAGCAGUCUCUGCAAACAGACCACAGACAUGGUGAUCAUCUACCUGUCGUCUGGCAUCACAUCUCGAGAGUCGUCGGAGCAGGAGAAGAGAGCGACGCUCACUGUGGUCAGAGAGGAGAACCGACACCUCAACAACUCGGUCAUGAUCCUAACAUACGCUCUCAUGAACGAGGGAGUAACAGGCCUCAAGGAGCUGGCCUUCUUGAGGGAUCUCGCAGAGCAGAAUUCGGUGAAAUACGGCGUCGACCGAACUUCCGACCGAGACCGCUUAUCUGCGGCAUCCUCGUCCGGAUCAGCCGGAGCUUCCAUGAUGCCGGUGGUGAAGGGAAGUAUGAUGGUUCUAAACCAGCUGAGCAACCUGGAGACGACAGUGGGCCGCUUCUACAUUAACCUGCCCAAUCGCAUGAUCGACCUGGCCCGCUUCAGCCUGCCCUACACUGACCCCAUGGGAGAUGGGUUUAUCAUGACCGUGAGCCGGCCGUGUUAUUUCGGUAACCUGCUCCUGGGCGUGGUCGGGGUGGAUGUGAACCUGGCCUACAUCCUGGAGGAUGUAACCUACUACCAAGACUCACUGGCUUCUUACACGUUCCUCAUCGACAACAAAGGUUACACCCUGAUGCAUCCGUCACUGACACGGCCCUACUUGAUGACCGAGCCUCCCCUUCACACUGACAUUAUCCACUACGAGAAUAUCCCAGGAUUCCCUGUUGUCCGGCAGAACAUCCUCAGCCUCCCUCUGGGCAGUCAGGUCAUUUCUGUCCCAGUCAACUCAUCUCUGUCGUGGCACACCAACCGACUCCGGGACAGCAACAAAGAAGCAUACAACGUCAGCUACGCCUGGAAACUGGUUCAGGACACGUCUUUCAUCCUGUGCAUCGUGUACGUGCAGCCGGAGAUCCCAGUGAAGCAUCUGAAGAACCUGAACACAGCUCCCAGCUCCAAGCUACUGUACCAUCGUUUGGACCUGCUGGGUCAGCCCAGCUCCUGCCUGCACUUCAAGCAGCUUUCCACAGUUGAGUCCCCCACUGUGAUGUUGGCAGCCGGUAGUUUCUCCUCUCCCUAUGAGCACCUCAGUCAGCCCGAAACGAAGCGCAUGGUGGAGCACUACACCGCCUACCUGAGUGACAACACCAGGCUCAUAGCCAACCCAGGCCUCAAGUCCUCUGUCAGGAACGAGGUUAUGGCGACCAGUCACGUCACGGAUGAGUGGAUGACACUAAUGGAAAUGAGUAGCCUCAACUGCUACAUUGUGCGCCGUUACAUAGCAACGCCCAGUGGGGUGCUCCGGAUUUACCCGGGAUCACUGAUGGACAAAGCCUUCGACCCGACCCGCAGACAAUGGUACCAGCAUGCUGUGGCUAACCCUGGCCUCAUCACCUUCACGGGACCGUACCUGGAUGUAGGCGGGGCGGGCUACGUUGUCACCAUCAGCCACACCAUCCAUGCCUCCAGCUCUCAGAUGGCCCCUGGUUACGCAAUUGCAGUGAUGGGUAUAGACUUCACUCUACGCUACUUCUAUAAGGUCCUACUGGACCUGCUGCCCAUCUGCAACCAGGACAAAGGAAACAAGAUCAGGUGCUUCAUAAUGGAGGACAGAGGGUACCUGGUCGCUCACCCCACUCUCAUUGACCCCAAAGGUCACGCCCCUGCAGAGCAACAGCACAUAACACACAAGGAGCCGCUGGUGGCUAACGACAUCCUGAACCACCCCAACUUUGUCAAGAAGAACCUAUGUAACAGCUUCAGUGACCGCACCGUGCAGCGCUUCUACAAGUUCAACACCAGCAUAAUGGGGGACCUUACCAACCUGGUCCAUGGUAGCCAUUGUUCCAAGUACCGUCUGACCCGAAUCCCCGGCACGAACGCCUUCGCUGGUAUCGUCAACGAGACGUGUGACUCUCUGGCGUUCUGCGCCUGCAGCACCGUGGACCGGCUCUGUCUCAACUGCCACAGAAUGGAGCAGAAUGAAUGUGAGUGUCCAUGUGAAUGCCCCCUGGAGGUCAAUGAGUGUACCGGCAACCUCACCAGUGCUGAAAACAGGAACCCUAGUUGUGAGGUGCACCAGGAGCCAGUCAGUCUGAAUGUGAUUGAUCCUAGUCUGCAUGACACCAUGCCCCAGUGCAUCAACACUCGCUGUAGCCAGAGAUACACCAGCAGUGAUUGUUUCGGCGUGUUGGACUGUGAGUGGUGCAUGGUGGACAGUGAUGGUAAGACUCAUCUGGACAAGCCGUACUGUGCCCUGCAGAAGGAAUGUUUCGGGGGCAUCGUCGGCGCCAAGAGUCCUUAUGCGGAUGGCCCUGGAGCCCUAGAUGAGGAGGUGGCAUCUCUAAAUAUGAUCAAGAGCGCCCCUGUGGGUCCGGUCGCCGGCGGCAUUAUGGGAUGCAUCAUGGUGUUAGUGCUGGCUGUGUACGCGUACAGACACCAGAUCCACAGGCGUUCGCACCAGCACAUGUCACCACUGGCAGCACAGGAAAUGUCAGUGAGAAUGUCCAACCUGGAUAACGAAAGAGAUGAGCGGGAUGAAGACAGCCAUGAGGACAGAGGAAUCAUCAGUAACACUCGAUUCAUCGCUGCCGUGAUUGAGCGGCACACUCACACGCCUGAACGGAGACGGAGGUACUGGGGUCGAUCGGGCACAGAGAGUGACCACGGCUACAGCACCAUGAGUCCGCAGGAGGACAGCGAGAAUCCACCUGGGAACAACGACCCGCUCUCAGCUGGUGUCGACGUCGGUAACCACGACGAUGACCUGGACCUGGACACGCCUCCUCAGACGGCAGCGUUGCUCAGCCACAAGUUUCACCCCUACCGGCACACGCAUACACACCACCACCCGCUGCACACGCACCACCUGCAGGCCGCGGUCACCGUGCACAGUGUGGACGCAGAGUGCUGAUCUUCAGCGCGGCAUUUGCCCCCCCCCCUGCCAGGGAUGGAACUUGGAUAGAACUUUUUUUUUAUUAUUAUUAAAGACUAUUUUUAAAAACAUUUGUGCUUGAUUAGACAGCACACAGUAGGUACUGUCAGGAUGGACAUAGGGAGAGAGAAGCUGGACUCACAGUGUCACUGGGCCGCUGGGAUCUCUGCCAUGAAUGAAUGUUUAGCUUAAUAUGGUCUCAUUGUGCCAACAUCUCCAUCUCAACCCUUUAUAUAUAUAUUUUUUUUUUUAUAACCCAGUCCAAAAUCUGGCAAGUGUACACAGUUUUACACACACUGAAAAUUACCAGACCUGGGCCAGUAAUAAUAACCAAAUGGAAUGUUUUUUUUUUUUUUUGAAGGAAUUUGGCAUUCAGGACUCUGUAAGAGCACACACAAAUGCUGUUUGAGCCUAUUCAUUGAGGAGAAGACACAUCUGGAACCUAAAAUCCUUGAGAGAGGAUAUGGGUCUUUAUUUCCAUGUGGAAAACACUUUAUGGGACCAGAGGAUAAUCAAAUUAACAUAGAAAUCUAGAUGCUGAUUGGACCCCCCGGCUCCAUCCCAGCCUCCCCACUAAGUCCACUUGUGGUGAUGGACAGGAGGGGAACAAAGCUCUCUUUACAUUUGUGAAAAUGUCUCCGAUGAAGAGUAAGAAUACUGUAUUUUUACAUAGGCCGGUACCUAAUGUGGGAUUCUAUCAUGAAUUAUAUUGCAGCUGUACUCUCUGUUCUGCAGAUAGACUCUCCACACCGGGGUUUCUUCUAAAGAUAUUUGGACAUUUUUCACAAGUGUCUGUGAACUUCAAAGUACGAAAAUAAAUCCGUAAUUCCCAUAAAUACAGGAAGAAACCCUUUUAAGAGGGGAAGAUUAUUUUUCUACUAUUUAUUAAAGCGGUAAAUCUUCAGAACAGAUGAGUAAGCAGCUGCAGCUAACACAAACAAGAAAGUAGUUGGGAUAAGUGCUACGUACUGACCCACCCUCAUUAUUUUCUGGUUGUUUAUUUGGAAUUUAAAGAAUAUCCGACAUAUUUGCCUGUGGUGCAUAAUCACAAGCUCAUUUGGAUUUCAUUUCCAUUUCUUUCUUCAAUUUCUUUUAUAAAUUCUGAGCUAUCCUCUACCCCAGAGGAUCCCAUUUACUAUAUAGCGUGGUGAACAGAGUCUUCUUGCAGCAUGAAACCUGUUUGGAUGAGCAGGGACCUUAAAUCAAAAUCAGAUCCGCUCCUUUGAAAAAGAAAAAGAUAUUCAGGUAUUUUUCGGUAAAUAUCAGUGUGUAAAAAAAAAAAAAAAAAAAAAAACUAAUUAAAAUGAUGAGCCUUAAAUCCCAUCCUGUCUCAGAGUAGUUUGGAGGAAGUGGUCCUUGACAUAGCACAUUUUUCUUUCUCUAUUCAAAGUUCUGAAUCACUGAGGACUUUGUGUUAUUGUGAGGUAAGACUUGCCGUGCCGAACAUCCUCAUUCUGGACAUGUCCUCCGUAUCAGGAGGCAGAACUUCUAUGCUCGCUUGCCUUUGUAAGCCUCCUGGGGAUGAAGGAGAGAACAGUGAAAGUAACACCAGCAAAACAUUCCUGGCUUUAGUCAUUGCUGGGGAUUUGGUGUGUCAGGAUAGUUGGGGAUCCCUAUAGAGGUUCUGAGAGGUUCACAAAGACCCCCACAUCCCAACUUAUUUUGCCACCGAGGCCAGACUGAUACUGUGUGUAUGUUAAAGUUGUGUGCUGGAUUUUGUGCAAAGCAAGUUGAAUUUCCAGUGAUGCCCAAGAUGGAGUCUCCUUCUCAUCAAAGAGUGAAAGCGGGAGAGAUGCUGCUGCUGUUGUUGUACAGAGGUUACACCCAUCUGUCGGCUCCUCUGUGGUUAACCACUCAAAAUGUCUCUGGUUUGUGUGUGUGUGUGCGUGUGCGCGAGAAGAGAGAAUGAUGAUCCACCUGGAACAUUUUCAUUGAAUGCAUUAUUGUAUUUUUUUUUUCAAGAUAGUAUCAGAGAACUAUAGGUGAAAUUAUUAUGAUUGAGAAAUCCACUUAUUUUUAUUCUGAUGAAGUCACUUGACCCGAUCUGUGCUUUGUGAGUUUGAUUGUUCAGCUGGUUAAAAUUUGUGUCUGUGUAGCAUCCAUUUAUUUCUGGGUGCAAAAAAUGUCUAUUGUUAUUGAGAGAUUCAUUACGAAGUGUAAAUACAGAAUCACAAAUAGCUAUUAAUGUCCUGUACACUCCAUUUUUUUAUGUUAGUAAAACAUGAUUUAUGCUUCAAA